AUGAAAACUGUAAAUCAGGCCGAUGUGAUCAAGUUUAUCAAAGAAGAUAUAAUCCACAGGUUCAGCAUAUCGAAAACUAUUAUUGCCAAUCGCGGAAUGGUGUUCACUGGUAAAGCGAUUGAAACAUUCAUCAAAGAAUAUGAGAUCAAGCUUACUCAUUUAACCCCAUAUUUCGCUCAAGCUAAUAGUCAGGCCGAGGCAACAAAUAAAGUUUUGAAAGGCAUUUUAGAAAAAAUGGUGGAUGAAAAUCCGAGAAAUUGGCAUAACUUGUUAUAUGAAACUUUACGGGCCUAUUGGACUUCAAAGAGAUCCGGCAAUAAGAUAAAAGAGUUGGAUGAAGUGAUAUUGGCAGCACUGGAUCAUCGCCAAAUACACAAGAAAGCUGUGGCAAGAGCUUAUAACAAAAGAAUGCGAUUCAAGAACGUCAACGAAGGAGACUCGGUGUGGAAAGUAAUCUUGCCAAUUAGUUCCAAGGAUCCAAAAUAUGGUAAAUGGUCUUUUACUUGA